AAACAUUAUUUCCAAAUUGAAAUAGUCAGUUUGUGAGUGAUCCGUGAACAUGAGCUUUGUUCUGGGGACAAUAUUCGCUGUUAUUGUAGCCGUCCUGGGCUAUAGAUGGUACAACCUUCUGUCCAUUAAACAAAAAUUGAACUGGGUGACGCACAUUCCAGGAUGGCCUCUUGUAGGAAACGCACUGGAGUUUGGAGGAACCGAAGUGUUGCUGAAUGACAUGUCACGCCUCUUCAAAAAGCACGGAAAAAUAUUAUUCGUAGAUUUCGUAGGAAAGGCGAAUAUUUUUACAGUAGAUUACGAUUUCAUUGAAUUCGUAUUGGGAACGCAUUACAUUUUGGACAAGUCAAGAGAUUACAGAUUCAUCAGAAAUUGGUUGGGAACGGGAUUGCUGACGAGUGAUGGACCGAAAUGGAAGGGACGUAGGCGUAUAGCUACCCCAGCAUUUCAUUUCUCGAUUUUGGAGCAAUUCGUCGAGAUCUUCGAGAAAAAUGGAAAUAUUAUGAUCAACAAACUCAAGAAAGAAGUUGACAAAGAUAGUAUUGAUAUUUAUCCCUUCAUUACUCUAUGUGCAUUGGAUAUUAUUUGUGAAACCGCAAUGGGUGUUCCAGUUGAUGCCCAGCUAAAAGAGAACUCCCAGUACGUAAAGAACGUUAAACUGAUGUGCAAGAUAGGAGUGUUGAGGUCGACUUCCAUUUUAAAAAAUAACGACUUCUUCUAUCCGCUCACCCUGGACUAUUACAGAGAACAGAAGGCAGUGAAGCAACUCCACGAAGUCACGAAUUCCGUCAUAGAGUCAAGGAUGAAGCAUUUGGAAAGUUCGGGCGGGAAAGUGAAAGAAAACACCGACGAGCUUGGCAGGAAGAAAAAACUGGCUUUUCUGGAUAUUUUGUUACAGUCGACUGUGGAUGGUAAGCCUCUGAGCAUAGAGGAUAUCAGGGAGGAAGUGGAUACGUUUAUGUUCGAGGGACAUGAUACUACCGCUUCCGCCAUGACAUUCACUAGUUUUCUGCUUGCUGGACAUCCAGAGGUUCAGGCUCGUGCUUUGGAGGAACAAACAUCCGUGUUUGCUGAUGACCUUUUGAGACCUGCCACUUAUAAAGAUCUAAUGGAGAUGAAAUAUUUGGAAUGCGUGAUAAAAGAGAGUCUGAGAAUCUACCCGUCAGUGCCUUUGUAUGGCAGGCACACCCAUGAAGAUGUCAACUACAAAGGAAAUGUUAUACCAAAAGGGACCGACAUAAUCAUUUUCGAUUAUGGAAUACUGCAUGAUCCAGAAAUUUAUCCAGAUCCUGAAAAGUUUGAUCCAAGCAGAUUCGAAGAAAUUGAUGGAAAAAGACCAUUUAACUACAUCCCGUUCAGUGCUGGACCCCGCAAUUGCAUUGGACAGAAGUUUGCAAUGUUGGAAAUGAAAUGUACCUUAUCGAAAAUUCUUAGGAAUUUUGAACUACGUCCAGCGACUCCAAAACACACUUUGAAAUUGACUCCAGAAGCUGUUCUCAAAUCAUCGAACGGCGUAAGAAUACAAGUGAGGCCCAGAAAGUUGUAGUUGGUGUAUUAGACAAAUAACACUAUCUCUAUGUCAUCUAUAUGAUGUCGUGAAAUUAUAUGUUAUUGUAUUAUAUCACUGUUAUACAAACUU